AUGGUAGGGACCACAAAUGCUGCUAACGCAGCAAAACAACAACAACAACAAGCCGCAAAAAUGCACCGUCGUUCACGAUCAGGGUGCUUCACAUGUCGCCUGCGACGGAAGAAGUGUGAUGAAGGAAAACCGUCUUGCCGUGCUUGCAGACACCUUGGUCUCAAGUGCGAAUACAAGAGGCCAAUGUGGUGGAGUAACAAUGAACAAAGGCGGACGCAAAAAGAAGUCAUCAAAAACAUCAUCAAGCGCACCAAACUCAACGAGAAGACAGCACAGAGCGGCGCAAUGGGCACCAACACACCACCAAGCCUUUGUCAUUCAAUGCAAACCGCUGACACAUUCUCGGACGGCGUCAGCUGCACCCGGGCACCCUCUGUGGACUCACAAAACUCGCUGGACUACAACUUCAAUCCUACUGUUACACCUGACUUUUAUAACUCGACAAUGCCUCCCCCAAUGUUCGCCCCAGCUUUCGCCCAUCCAGGACACUACGUGCCCUACGACAUUGACAUCAAGACCGAAAGCCAAAUGUUCAUCAACGACAUUCCAACCCGUCGCGAUUCCACACUAUCAUCCUACAGUCACUACCAAACCCCACCAGCUGCUGGUAACAUCUACCCAUCUGAUGACUGGAUACAGAAAGACUACUUUGAGCGCCGCGAAUCCUACAUUGAGGAGCCCCUCGAAUUCCCCAUCUUCGAUUACAACACCUGUGGUACUUUCAGCCCAUCUCACCAACCGUCCAUUCAGGUCGAGGACUGCGAUCGCCACCUUCUUAGCCAUUUUCUUGAGAACAUCAUGCCCACAGCCUUCCCGGUCCUCGAGACAAACCAGCCCGGAGCGGCACAACGCGAUGUCAUCAUACCCGCACUUGAGUCUAACAAAGCAUACCUGCACUGCUGCAUGAGCAUAUCCGCGUUACAUAUGAAGACCACCCAGAACCUUGCAGGAGAGCAAAUCGACCAGGACAUCCAAAGACAUCGCGGUGAAACAGUCCAGCAGCUUACUGCGGCGCUCUACAGCGACAGCCAACAUGGCCAUACUCUCGAGGCCGCGCUUGGUAUGAUCUUUUUCCAGUGUUCAGUUGGCCGCUUCAACGACGGCCUAAUGGACAUUCCAUGGCAUGGCCAUUUCGAAGCAGUCCAAAACCUUGUUCACAGGCUCGAGCUGCCUGCACAGAUGAUUGCGAUGAACGGACAAGCACAUGCUCAGCCUCCAUUCAACAUGACACUAGCUUCUUGGAUCGACAUUCUCGGUGCUACUAUGUUGGGCAGGACACCCUCUUUCGCUGACACUUACCGCGAGAAGCUCAUCGCCGACGCAUCUUCUGGCCUUGCCGAACUCAUGGGCUGUGAAGACCGCAUCAUGUAUCUGAUUUCGGAGAUCGCUUGUCUCGAGGCGCUAAAGAACGAGAAUAUGGAUGUCGUGCAGCUCUGCGCACACAUCAAGCUCCUUGGUGAGCAAAUCAGUUUGACUGAGCCCCCUCAGGGAUCACUCAACAGCGCCUACACGUCUACCGGCGAAAUUCUUCCAAGGCAGCUUCGCCGUAACAUGACGGCAGUCUACCGUUUAGCCGCUCGCAUCUACUUGUGCAGCCUGGUGCCGGACUUUGACCGCACAUCUCCCACGUUCGUCAACCUGGUUAGCGCUCUUUGUAAGGCUAUGGAAUAUAUUCCUGCCGGUCCUGACGGAUUCGACCGAUCUCUAGUAUGGCCACUUUUGGUCGCUGGCUCAAUCUCGGUGCAGCAAUCAGGCUUCCGCAGUAUGUUUGCGGAGCGCUCCGCCCUCUUGGGAGAAGCUGCAAACUUUGGCUCUUACGGAAGAGUCAAAAACCUCCUUGAAGAGGUGUGGCGUGUCAACGACGACAACCUUGCGAAGGGCAACACACAGAGUGUUCACUGGCGGGACAUGAUGCGACAGAAGAACUGGGACUUUUUGCUCAUCUAA